AUGGCAGAAGUAGCACCAGCUCCAGCCGCCGCUCCGGCGAAAGCAGCCAAGAAGAAGGCGGCAACCAAGCCCAGGAAAGCCGGUCCCAGUGUCAGCGAGCUUAUCGUCAAAGCUGUGGCCGCAUCCAAGGAGCGCAGCGGCGUGUCUGCAGCUGCCCUCAAGAAGAACUUGGCUGCCGGAGGCUACGAUGUGGACAAGAACAAGUCCCGCGUCAAGAUCGCCAUCAAGAGUCUGGUGGCGAAGGGGACUCUGGUCCAGACCAAGGGGACCGGGGCGUCCGGAUCCUUCAAGAUGAACAAGAAGGUGGCCGAGCCCAAAGCCAAGAAGCCCGCAGCUAAGAAAGCCGCUCCUAAAGCCAAGAAGCCCGCAGCAAAGAAAGCCGCAGCGGCCAAAAAGCCCAAAGCAGCGGCAGCCAAGAAGCCAGCAGCCGCCGCUAAGAAAUCCCCGAAAAAGGCCAAGAAACCCGCAGCGGCAGCUAAGAAAGCAACCAAGAGCCCCAAGAAGGCCAAGAGUCCCAAGAAAGUGGCAGCAAAGAAGCCCGCAGCAGCCAAGAAAGCUCUCGCUAAGAAGGCUGCAAAGCCCAAAGCCAAGAAAGUAGCACCCAAGAAGAAGUGA